GGAAGUAAACUGCAAACGACUUUGAAACAAAAAUAUUAGAAAAGACAAAAUUAUACUCAGAAAUCAAAAUUACUGCUCCGUAGACCAUAGUAUGCUCAUCUCUCAUAUUCAUCACCUCUGCCCCUCCAUUUUUUCUCUCCUCGUCUUCUCCCUCUCCCGUUCACCAGGAGUUGCAGAAGUGACACUACCGCCAUUACUAUCUCACAAGCUCGCUCAAUAGUCUACGAUCUUACCUCACAUUUCAUUCUAUAGUAAUUAGGAGUCAGUAUUAGAUAAAAAAAGAGAGAGGUCUUGUUUGAAAUUGAGAAGACCUGCUCUUAAGUCAGAAGAAAGGAGACAAUUUGAGGGUAAGUGAUUCCUGUUGGAGCUUUGUAUCUGAAUGAGUUGAUUUCCUCCGGUACCAGAAUUUCAGUCAGGAUCUUGGGGGUGUGACGUGUGAAGAACAGCAUUACAAAAUACAGAGACCAAGUUCAGGGGGUGAGUUCCCCCAAACUGGCGAGUUCAGCCCAUUCCCAGUGGCCAGGAGGUUGAAUUCAACCCAUUCCAUCAUGAUGGAUGAUAUAGAAAAUGGUUCCAUGGGGCAUUACCAAGAUAGGUCUCGUAGUUUCCCCGACAUGCGCACCAAACCUUAUACCCCCUUGGUUUUCAAAAUCAUUAUGGGGUUAAACACUCGUGUUCUUUUUAUUCUUAUGCUUCUGGCCUUUGGAGUUAUCUUCUAUAUUGGAGCUAGCACAUCACAGAUCAUUGUAUUUGUGUUUUCCGUUUGCAUCUUUAGCUUCCUUUUGUCUAUAUAUCUAACAAAGUGGGUACUGGCAAAGGAUGAGGGACCACCAGAGAUGGCUCAGAUCUCAUAUGCUAUUCGCGAUGGAGCUGAAGGUUUUUUUAGAACCCAAUAUGGAACAAUCUCCAAAAUGGCUGUUCUUCUUGCCCUGGUGAUUCUUAGUAUCUAUUUACUACGGGAUACAACUCCCCAGCAAGAAGCUGCUGGUGUUGGGAGGGUUUCAUCUGCAUUUAUUACUGUUAUUUCAUUCCUACUUGGAGCUCUAUGCUCAGGUAUAGCUGGAUAUGUGGGAAUGUGGGUUUCUGUUCGUGCAAAUGUUCGGGUUUCCAGUGCAGCAAGACGGUCAGCCAGAGAAGCCUUACAGGUAGCUGUUCGUGCUGGUGGUUUCUCAGCUUUGAUUGUUGUAGGUAUGGCUGUAACCGGGAUCGCCAUUCUCUAUGCUGCCUUCUAUGUAUGGUUGGGGGUGGAUUCACUAGGUGCUAUGAAAGUUACAGAUUUGCCUCUUCUCCUUGUUGGUUAUGGUUUUGGAGCUUCCUUUGUCGCCCUCUUUGCUCAAUUGGGUGGUGGUAUAUACACAAAAGCAGCUGAUGUGGGAGCUGAUCUUGUUGGAAAAGUCGAGCAGGGAAUUCCUGAAGAUGAUCCUCGUAAUCCUGCUGUCAUUGCUGACUUGGUAGGAGACAAUGUCGGUGACUGUGCUGCUCGUGGUGCAGAUCUAUUUGAAAGUAUUGCUGCAGAAAUUAUAAGCGCCAUGAUUUUGGGUGGGACAAUGGCGGAGCGUUGUAAAAUUGAAAAUCCUUCUGGUUUUAUCUUGUUCCCUUUGGUGGUUCACUCCUUCGACCUUGUCAUAUCUUCUGUUGGUAUUUUCUCCAUAAGAAGCACACGAGAGGCUGGUAUAGGCAUAGAAGAUCCAAUGAAAAUUCUUCAGAAAGGAUAUUCUAUCACAAUAAUAUUAGCUGUUCUGACCUUCGGUGUGUCAACACGUUGGUUGCUAUACACAGAGCAGGCACCUUCAGCUUGGUUGAAUUUUGCCUUAUGUGGGCUGGUGGGAAUCAUAACAGCUUAUGUAUUUGUGUGGAUAACCCAGUACUACACUGAUUAUAAGCAUGAACCAGUACGAACAUUAGCUCUUGCAAGCUCAACAGGCCAUGGGACUAAUAUAAUUGCUGGUGUCAGUUUGGGACUGGAAUCAACUGCACUUCCAGUUGUCGUCAUUAGCAUAGCUAUUAUAUCUGCUUUCUGGUUGGGUCAGAGUUCUGGAUUGUUGGAUGAAGCUGGAAAUCCCACCGGUGGUUUGUUUGGAACAGCAGUAGCCACAAUGGGCAUGCUCAGUACAGCUGCUUAUGUCCUAACCAUGGAUAUGUUUGGCCCAAUAGCUGAUAAUGCUGGUGGAAUCGUGGAGAUGAGUCAACAGCCUGAAAGUGUUCGAGAGAUUACUGAUGUGCUUGAUGCAGUUGGGAACACCACAAAGGCUACCACAAAAGGUUUUGCUAUUGGAUCUGCAGCACUUGCAUCUUUUCUUCUUUUCAGUGCUUACAUGGAUGAGGUGGCAACUUUUGCUCGUGUUCCUUUUAAAGAGGUUGACAUUGCAGUUCCUGAAGUUUUUAUUGGUGGCUUGCUAGGAUCUAUGCUCAUUUUCCUCUUCAGUGCAUGGGCCUGUUCAGCUGUUGGCCGUACUGCUCAGGAGGUGGUUAAUGAAGUCAGAAGGCAAUUUAUUGAGAGACCUGGAAUCAUGGAUUACCAGGAGAAGCCUGAUUAUGGUCGCUGUGUAGCAAUUGUAGCAUCUGCUUCAUUGAGGGAAAUGAUUAAACCUGGCGCUUUGGCCAUUAUAUCACCAAUAGUGAUUGGUUUUGUUUUCCGGAUACUGGGACAUUAUGUUGGACACCCUUUACUUGGUGCAAAAGUUGUAGCUGCAAUGCUAAUGUUUGCAACUGUUUCUGGCAUCCUCAUGGCUCUUUUCUUGAAUACUGCUGGUGGUGCUUGGGAUAAUGCAAAGAAGUAUAUAGAGACAGGGGCUCUUGGAGGCAAGGGGAGUGACUGUCAUAAAGCGGCCGUUACAGGAGACACUGUUGGAGACCCAUUUAAAGAUACAGCAGGACCUUCAAUCCAUGUUCUGAUAAAAAUGUUGGCAACAAUUACUCUCGUUAUGGCGCCUAUAUUCUUAUAGAGCUGUUAAUAUGAAAAUGCAGAGUUUUAACUAGGCACAUGCACAAUUGCACAUCACCCUUUUCCUAUCUCCAUUUCAUGCUUUUGGAGGCAUCUUAAUGUAGUCAGAGGGUGCCAAAAUUAUUCGUGAAUUUAGUCACCGAGAAAUUCUUUCUAUUAUCCUUUUUUAAUAAACUAUUAAUGAGUAUUGGCGCUUCUCUGUAUUGUGUUGCAAUGAAAAAAUCUUUGAAGAUGGUAUAACGUGAGGAGAACAGUAAAUUAUGUUUAUGGAGUGGUAUGUAGCAUUCUAAAUGAAUACUACUAUUACUUUAUCCCUUUAAAUU